GGGUAAGAGUAAGUCGCAGCUGAAAGCACAUGCUCAUUCACUCCAGUACAGCGAGCCUGUGAGUGAGUGUGCGUCUGCUGCUCCAAGUCCCGUAUCAGAGCCCCGCUUCCAUCAAAUCAAGGUGAGCGCCAGCCAACCCAGCCUCUUUGAUCAUCCACUGGAAGUCUUCGAGGUCAUUCAGAUUGGGGAAGCAGCGGCGUAAUCACCGCACAGAUGACUAAGAGUAACGGGGAAGACCCACGGUCCGGAAACAGGAUGGAACGCUUCCAGCAAGGGGUCCGUCAACGCUCCUUGAUGGCAAAGAAAAAGAUGCAAAAUAUUACAAAAGAUGAUGUCAAACGUUUUUUCAAACGGAAUGGAUUUGUCCUCUUUACUGUUAUUGCUGUCAUUGUUGGUAUUAUACUGGGAUUUUCAGUCCGGAAAUAUCACAUGUCGUACCGAGAAAUCAAGUACUUCUCCUUCCCUGGGGAGCUUCUGAUGAGGAUGCUACAGAUGCUGGUUCUCCCACUCAUUGUAUCCAGUUUGGUUACAGGCAUGGCUGCUCUUGACAGUAAGGCCUCCGGGAAGAUGGGUAUAAGGGCCGUAGUAUACUACAUGACCACAACAGUCAUAGCGGUGUUCAUUGGAAUCAUAAUCGUCAUCAUUAUCCACCCCGGGAAAGGCACUAAGGAAAAAAUGCACAGGGAAGGGAAAAUCGAGCCGGUCACAGCUGCUGAUGCGUUCAUGGACCUGAUAAGGAAUAUGUUCCCUCCCAACAUGGUGGAAGCCUGCUUUAAACAGUUCAAGACGAAUUAUGAAAAGAAGCUCUUUAGAGUUCCUGUCCCGGAAAAUGAAUCGCUGGUGUCGUCGGUUUUCAACAAUGUAUCGGAAGCCAUGGAGACUUUGACAAAGAUGAGAGAGGAGAUUGUCCCAGUACCGGGAGCUGUGAACGGUGUCAAUGCCCUGGGGCUUGUGGUCUUCUCCAUAUGCUUCGGUUUGGUGAUUGGAAACAUGAAAGAACAAGGAAAAGCUUUAAAAGACUUCUUUGACAGCCUCAAUGAGGCAAUUAUGAGAUUGGUCGCUGUGAUUAUGUGGUACGCCCCAGUUGGGAUCCUGUUCCUCAUUGCUGGGAAGAUUGCGGAGAUGGAAGAUAUGGGCGUUGUUGGUGGCCAGCUUGGCAUGUACACCAUUACAGUCAUUGUUGGAUUGCUUAUCCAUGCUAUCUUUGUCCUGCCACUUCUGUACUUUUUUGUUACCCGUAAGAACCCUUGGGUAUUCAUCGGGGGUAUUAUACAAGCCUUAAUCACAGCCCUCGGAACUUCCUCAAGCUCUGCUACAUUGCCGGUUACAUUUAAAUGUUUGGAAGAGAAUAAUGGAGUGGACAAGCGGGUCACAAGAUUUGUUCUACCAGUGGGGGCCACGAUUAACAUGGACGGUACAGCUCUCUAUGAAGCUCUGGCUGCUAUCUUCAUCGCACAAGUCAACAAUUAUGACCUUAACUUUGGACAGAUUAUUACAAUCAGUAUCACUGCCACUGCCGCCAGUAUUGGCGCUGCAGGGAUCCCUCAAGCUGGACUGGUGACCAUGGUCAUUGUGUUAACAUCCGUGGGGCUGCCUACAGAGGACAUCACUCUGAUCAUUGCCGUCGAUUGGUUUUUGGACCGUCUUCGUACCACCACUAAUGUUCUGGGAGAUUCUCUUGGGGCUGGUAUCGUAGAGCACUUAUCUAGGCACGAGCUGAAGAGAGGAGAUGCUGAGAUGGGCAACUCCGUCAUCGAGGAGAAUGAAAUGAAGAAACCUUACCAACUCGUCUCGCAGGAAAACGAAGCAGAGAAACCCGCAGACAGUGAAACCAAGAUGUAGACGAUUGUAGAGACCUCCCAAACGAAACCGAACCAUAAUCAUUCCAUCUCCGUUUUCACUUGUAGCCCACUGCCGCGACGGCAGAUACAUGAAGAGUGCAGGCGCCUCUACAUUCGCCACCCAGACCCCAUUCCAAUAGCGCUAAGGUGAUGAAAAAACAUAUCCGUAUAUGUGGUUCUUUUGUUUUUUUGUUUUUUAAGCUGGUGACACUGUAACAGAUUGUAUUGAUUUCACUUGAAGACUAAGAAAUGAUGACAUUUUCCAUAUUCAUAAAUAACAUUAUGUAGUCCAUUUAAAAAAAACGGGGACAUAUCUAUUGUUGAGAGAGUUUAAAUAUUAUAAUGCUACAGAAUAUAAUAUCAAUGGCACAGGCAAUACAAAAAACAAACAAAAAACGUGUUACAUACCCCACUUACACUCAGAAAAAUGUGUACAAUGUCUAAUAUUCCCCCCCAAAAAAUAAAAUGCCAGAAGCCUAAUCCAUAUUGGAGAAUUAGAACAUGGCUCUUCAUUCACGGUGUUAUAUCCGCCUAUAUUUAAAAUAAAAAGGUUUCUACAUAGUGUCAUGAUCCCAAUGACCCUGAGCCUAUAUCUCUUAGUGGGCUUUAACCCCUUAAGGACAAUGGGCGGUCCCUAAACCCAUUGAAAACAAUGCACGGGGUACAUGUACGGGCUUUGUCAUUAAGGGGUUAAUGUAACGAAUAUAAAUCAUGCGGCAUUAAGUUUAUGUUACGUCAUUUACUCAGAAAAGCACAAGCAAUCUCCAUUCUUAUUUGUAACAUUUACAUGAAAGCAGCUCAGUUUAUCGACGAUAUACAGAGAAAACGGUUCGGAGCGUCUCGACUUCUUUGAACCCAAAUGUACCUGGAAGUACACAUAUUAACUGCUCUGUAAAUAUAAAUACAUCUGAGUAAAAGAUUUUUUUUUUUUUAUCAGAAACGCAGGAAUAUUUCUGCGUUUUAGAAUGUUCUACACGGGCGUUUUAAGAGAGAAGAGAACAGACGUUUUAUUUUGCUAAUACGAAUAUAGAAAACAGAUUUUAUGAAAUGUAAUUAGAAAAUAUUUUU